CGCAAAAUUUAAAUGAAACCCAAAAAUUCUAAAAGCAUUAAAACCAUACUGCCAAGUCCUGAGCCUGCUACAGGUUUGAAAGAUGCGAGUGAUAUAGAUGACAAGACAUUUUUGAAAAAUGCUAGGGAAAGAAAAAUAGCCAAUAAUCGAAACAAAAACUCAAAGCUCACAUUUACGGUGACGAAUCAAAACGACGGUCCACUAAAUGAAGAAGACCAAACUUUACCGCCAAGUCCCGAACCUGCUACAUUUUUGAGAGACGCGAGUAAUUUAGAUGACAAUAAAUUUUUGAAAAAAGCUAGGGAAAGAAGAAUAGCUAAAAAUCGAAACAAAAACUCCAAGCUUACAUUUAAGGUGACAAAUCAAAACGAGAAACCAUUGAAUGAAGAAGACAAGAACACGACUAGUUUAUUAUUGAAAAUGGGAGACGAAAUAUUUCAGGAUCGCUCAUCAACCCUAGCAAGCGGUUCGCGGUGGACGAAGAUUAGAAACUUAAAUAGAGAACCAAUCGUAUUUUAUAUUCCGGACGAGUCAAAAUUUAGUGUUGCGUCGCCAGACCUAGAGCCUAUCCCAAGCUUUUUAAAACGAGAUGCCUCUAAUUCUAAACUGUCUGAUAUCUCAAACACCAGACCAUUUGCUCUUGGGAAAGGGAGGAGAAGGCAAAUGGAUAAGAACGUUAAAUUUACUGUCGUAGAUGAGAGUUUAAAGUUGGACCCACCUAAUGACGUCCUUGGCAAUACGGAUUCUUUAUCGAAAAGGGUAAACCAAAUUUUUAGGGACGAAUCAACUAUUUCUUUGCAUCCUAACCGAUGGAAGACCAUUCGAAACAAGAAUAAAGAAGCGAUUGUGUUUCAUCUUCCUGACACGCCACCAGCAAAAUCACCAAUUAUAGAGCCUACCCCAGGAUUGCCAGAAGGAAACAAUUCAGCUACCAAAUUCUCCAAUGCAUCAGCUUUCCUUCACAGAUUUGCACGCGGGAAGAGGCAUAGAAGACAUAUGGACAAAAACGCUAAAUUUACUGUCGUAGAUGAGAGUUUAAAGUUGGACCAACCUAAUGACAUCCUCGUGAAUACUGAUUCUUUAUCUACAAGGGUAAACGAGAUUUUUAGGGACGAAUCAACUAUUCCUUCCAAUCCUAACCGAUGGAGAACCAUUCGAAACAAGAAUAAAGAAGAGAUUGUGUUUCAUCUUCCUGACACACCACUAGCAAAAUCGCCAAUUAUGGAGCCUACCCCAGGAUUGCCAGAAGGAAACAAUCCUAUUUCCAAACUCUCCAAUGCUUCAGCUUCCACCCAAACUUAUACGCGUUGGAAGAAACCUCGAGGACAGAUGGAUAAAAACUUUAAAUUUAUAGUCCAAGAUGAAGGUCUAAACAUGGGCUCGCUUAAGGACAUCACAGAUACUACGGAUUCCUUAUUGAAAAGGACCGAUAAAACCUUUACGUGUACCGCCAACUCCGCAUCCAUCCCUACAACUCUUAUAAGGCCGAUGAUACAAAAUGGAGAUGAAGAUCCAGUUUUGAAGGAAAAGAUUGUAUUAGAUAUUCUUGGCGAGUCAUUUGAAAAAUCGAACGGUGGCACGUCACCAAGCUUAAAACCAGGCCCGAGCUCGUUUAAACAACGCAUUUCUUCCCCCAAGCAGAUACUAGCUAAUGACAUGAUGGACUCGGUUGAUGAGGGAUCAAGUACAGUCCUAGACAGUGUGAUGCAAGAAGUAGAAGCAGAUAAGCCUUCGGAAAAAAUCCAACACCCUAUCAUCGACAAAUCAAAGAAAUCGAAUAAAAUUAAUAAUUUUAGGAUGUACAAUCACACGGCUAUGAGAAAAUUCAUCAAAAACAAUUGUGAUAUGCCUAUCACAGAUACGUCAUUUCUUAUCGGCAUGUACAAAGAAUGCAUCUCCGCCAACGUUAAAAAACUUAAAAAAAUUAGGUAUUCCUUUCCGAUUAUAAGCAAAAAAAUUGAUCACGACCAUCUAGAGAUUUUGAUGGAGAAGAUAUGUCUUCUUUCGAGUAAGGAUCCAAAGUUCCUUCAACUUACGGACAAAUUACUUAGUACUCCCAGGAAAAACAGACUUAUAAAAUAUUUGAAGGAUAAGAGUUUAUAAUCAAAUUUAUUUAUGUAAUAUUUAUUAAUACAUUUCGAAUUAUGUAAUUACUAUUGUAUUUCACGAA